AAACAGAGUCUCUCUCUGUCUCACAGCAUGUGAAACCACUCCGAUUUUCAUCAUAUUCCCUUCUAUCAAAUCCUGAAGAAACAAAAUCAUAUUAAGCUAAAAGAAAGCCAAAACAAUGUUCAGAUUACACAAACACAAAUCAGAUAAAUUCGGAGAGAAAUGCGAUUUCAAGUUCUCCAACUUUCAGGCUGUUCAGAUUCCCAAGGGAUGGGACAAGCUCGUUGUAUCUAUUAUCUCUGUUGAGACAGGCAAAACAAUAGCUAAGUCAGGGAAAGCAACAGCACGAAAUGGAAAUUGCCGAUGGAUUGAGACUUUUUCAGAGUCUAUUUGGAUUCAACCAGAUGAUGCAUCGAAAGAUAUUGAAGAAUAUCACAUUAAACUUAUUGUUUCCAUGGGGUCAUCCAGAUCUGGCAUCCUUGGUGAGGCUUCUGUCAAUUUAGCAAGCUACAUGAGUUCAAAAAAUCCUAUUCUUAUUUCAUCACCAUUGAAAAAAUGUAACAGUGGGACAGUAUUACAACUUAAAAUUCAAUGCCUAACACCAAGAGCAAAACUCAGGGAUGAACAGUGUAAGGAUUCAAAUUCAGAUAUGGAGGACAUGAAUGUUGACCAUGAUGAGUUGGAAAACAAAUCAGAUGUUUCUGAUGGUACAUUCACCAGGAGUAUUGGAUCUUCAUCUAGCAACCAUUUGGACAGUGCAUCUCAAGCAGGAGAACCAUGUAAUCGGAACGUGAACUUCUCCUCAUCAGCUUCUUGUAAUAGCUUUGACUCUUUAGAGGGCUCCUCUGGCAGGGAAAAUUAUUCUCCUCUAAGUUACUCAAGUGGAGUAGUAAACAAUCUGGUGGGAAGGCAAGAUUCAGUUGGUUCUCAAAGUGGUUCUCCUUAUAGUUCUUCUUUUCGUGAACCAUUUCAGUCAAAUCAAUUAUCCUUAAAUUCAAAGCCCUUACAUUCUGGAAGCCAUCUUCAAAAUCAAAGAGAAGAAUUCAAUCGUGUCACACGUGCUGUUGCCUCAUCUCCUUUACGGAGUGCUGGUUCAUCUAAAGACCUUCUGGAGGCUGCAGAACUUAAAAUUGAGGAGCUUCGUGCUGAAGCUAGGAUGUGGGAACAAAAUGCUCGAAAGUCAAUGCUUGAUUUGGAGAAACUACAGAAGGAAUCAUUGGAGCAAUCAACACGUCAGGCAAGCCUUGAAAUGGAGCUCUCAGAAUCACACGCUAAAUGUGAUAGCUUGAAAAAGGAAAUUGAACAACUGAGGAUCUUGGUUGAAGAAUCACAGGUGCAACCAACUGCCACUGAGAAAUUCAAGUUUCAGGCUGAUGAUGUGGAGAAAAUCAUAAAGGAAUUGGAAGAUGAGAUAAAGUUUCAAAAAGAAUCAAAUGCUGAUUUGACACUACAGCAAAAGAAGACACAAGAAUCAAACAUUGAACUUCUUUCCAUUCUUCAGGAACUUGAAGAGACUGUAGCGAAACAGAAAAUGGAAAUUGACAGUCUCUCUGAAACAAAACCUGAAUUUGAGGUAGGAUUGUAUGGCCAAGAAGUUGAAGACGAUAAGCAAAUAAAUACAACCAAGCAGUUACUAGUAAAGAAGAUGAGAGAAACCUCCUGUGAUUCAGAUCUGGAAGGUAGUAUUGUCGAACACCCGAUAAGAAAUUUGAAUGCUGAGGUUGAACAAGCAGAUCAGAGGAAGUUAGAACUAGAGCUACAGCAGUUACAGGAAGUCAAAAAGAAUUUGGAGAGUGCCAUUCAAUUUCUGGAAAAAUCUUUGGAGGAAAAAAACCAUGAGCUAGAGAUGGAGCGAGAUUCAAAGACACACACUCUAAUGGACUGUGAGGCAAAGUGGACAGCUAUAAUAGCUGAAAAAGAGGAAAAAGUAACCAGUUUGGAAGCUGAAUUAUCUGAGGCCCAAAAUACUCAAGAAUUGAAGGAAAUGGUUUCUGAAAAUAGAGAUAGUCACAAUCUAAUUGUAGAAGUUGAUUUUCUAAAACAGAAGAUCCAGGAACUUGAGAGGGAUUGCAAUGAGCUUACAGAUGAAAACCUAGAACUUUUGUUACAGCUCAAAAAAUCAAAAAAGGAUCCAGUGACAUCAGAUGCCUCGUCUAAAUCUUCAUCAAAUGAGUGCACAGAAAACAAUUUUGGCUUUACAUCUAAAUCUGAAGGAAGCAAACUAAAUUCUCGAAUACGCAUACAUGCAGAUGAGACGAAUGCUUUUAGUGAAAAAAUUUGUACUGACAACUUGCAGAAUCAAUUUGUAGAUCCUGGAAAAGAAUCUGAUGAACUUGAGUGCCAGUUGCAAGCUCUGAAGGACAAAGUUUGUUUUCUUGAUGGUGAACUCUGUAAUUUUCGCUCUAGGGCAGAAGAGCAGGAGAGUGAAAUUGCUGCUCUGCAACAACAGCUCAAACUUUACCAGAGAAAGAAAAAUGAGAUUAAAGAUCAUCCUGCAGUUGUCUGUUCAAAGUGUAAGAUUUCUGAAUCAGAUACUUCCAUUGAAAUUUCGACAUUGCUCUCCAAGUUAUAUGAACAGGUUCAACUCUCCUUAGACUAUCUAAAGAAGCAACAAUCUAGUCUUACUCAUGGAAAUACUGCAUGUAUAUACGGCUCUGAAAAGUCAGCGAUUGCAGCAAGUACUGAUUUGCUUACUCAAAAAGAGCAAGUUGAGGCUAUUGUGAACAAUUUUACCCAGCUGAAAAUGUUUUUUGAACCGAAAGUCACCAUUGAUGAGGAUGAACUUCAGUUUAACAAAGAAGUCAAAGCAACAGGGGCAAACUCAGAAGAACUGCUGAAUAAAUUGUGGGGUCCUCGUACAUGUGAAAAUACUCAAAGCACUUGCUCUCAGGAAGUAGAAAUUCAGGAUGCAGAACAUAAAUCUCAAACUACAGAUCCUGCUAAGGAACUGUUGUCUCAGAUAGAUGAGCUCAAAUCUGAGAAUUUUCUGAAGGAAGAAGAGAUCAAUGCUCUUAGACAUUACUGUAGAGAACUGGAAACUCAGCUUUCUGAUAUGCAACAAGAGAAAGUCCAGUUGGAGGAAGGUAUGGAAGUGAUGCUUAGAGAAGGAACUACCACCUCUAAGCACUUGGAUGAUUUGCGUGAUGAGAUGAGGCUGCUGAAUAGCAACAUGGAUUCUCAGGUUUCAGCCAACAAGAUUCUUGAAAGUAGGUCUUCAGAGCUAGAGGGUGGCAAACAUGACCUGGAAGCUCACUUGCAUGAAGUAGAAGAAGAGAAUGUACAGUUGUCUGAAAGGAUAUGUGGCUUGGAAGCACAGCUAAGAUAUUUGACUAAUGACAGAGAGUCAAGUCGCUUGGAAUUAGAAAAUUCAAAAUCUCAUGCUCAGGAUCUCCAGGAUGAGAUAAGAAGAUUGGAAGCUGAAAUGGAGGAUCAGAGAGCUGAAAUGAAACAUAAGUUACAGGACUCACAAAAAAGAUGGAUUGAAGUUCAAGAAGAGUGUGAAUAUCUGAAAGUAGCAAAUCCAAAGCUUCAAGCUACAGCUGAAAGUCUCAUUGAAGAAUGUAGUUUAUUGCAGAAAUCAAAUGCAGAGCUAAGAAAGCAGAAAAUGAAGUUGCAUGAACACUGUGCAGUCUUGGAAGCUGAACUGGGAGAAUCAGAAAAAGCUUUUUCUUAUAUGUCUAAGAAACUUGAAGCACUUGAAGAAAAGUAUUCUUCAAUGCUAGAAGAAAUUGCUUCGAAGGAGAAAGCCAUUAAUCUAGAACUAGAUACAUUACUUCACGAAAACAAGAAACAUAAAGAUAAAGUUGUUACUGAAGAAAGUCUGUUAAAUCAGAUGUACUUUGAGAAAACGGUUGAAGUUCAGAACCUUCAAAGAGAGGUUGCACUCCUGACUGAACAGAUAUCUGCAACUCAAGAUGAGAAGGAGAGAAUGGCUUCUGAAGCUGUACUUGAAGUGUCUCGUCUACGUGCUGAAAAAUCUCUGCUUGAAGCUGCUCUUCAAGAAGUCAAAGAGAAACUAAAAUUAUCAGAGAGCAACCUUGAUACCCUCCAGAUGGAAUCUCAGGUGAAGGUGCAACAGCUUAUGGGUGAGCUCACUGCUGCAAAGCAAAACCAGGAAGUUCUGGCAGCUGACCAUGAAAAACUAUUGGAUCUGUUGGAGGAUGUUAAAUCCAAUGAAGAGAAACACAGAAGUGCCAUUAGAGGGCUUGAGUUAAAACUCAAAACUUCUGAAUAUGAGAGGUUACAGGUAGCAGAAGAAGUUUCCAGCCUUAAGGUUCAAUUGGAGAAAACAGCACUGCUGCAGGGUGAAGUUCUGAGCCUUAAGAAAUCACUUAAUGAGGUCAAAUUUGAAAAUGAAAGGCUGGAAGCUUCCUUCCAGAUAUUAUCAGGAGAUUAUGAAGAACUUAGGGCUGAGAGAAGCGUAUGUAUGGAGAAAAUCUCUAGUAGUCAGAAGGCCAUUUCUGAACUAGAAGACUACAAACUUAAAAAAAUUGCCCUGGAGGAAAAGGUUCUUCGGCUGGAGGGUGAUUUAACAGCAAGAGAAGCCAUAGGUUCCCAGGAAGCGGUGCUGAAAAAUGAGCUUGCACAGAUAAGGAGGGAAAACAGUCAAUUCCAGAGAAAGAUAAAAAAUCUUGAGAAGGAGAAAGAAGAAUGUUUGAAAAGGGCUCAAGCACUCGAACAGAAGUUGAAGCAGACUAAAGAAACAAAACAAGAUAAUCUAGAGUCAGUCACAAACCUUUCUCGUUCUGAUUUAGCUGCUACCACUACUUCUAUCCAUGACAAAGUAAAGCUUCUGAAAUGGCAGGAGCAAGACAAAAACAAUCUGCAGGUCAAUGAGGAGCCAUCUGCAGGAGUUGCUCAACGACAAAAAAACCAAAGACAGGUCGAUAAUGCCCAAAACUAUGAUGCUUCGUUGAAGAUUCAAUCUCUUGAGAAUGAACUAGCUGAGGCUCUGGAAGCAAAUGGCAUGUAUAAACAACAGCUUAAGAGAUUUUUAUCCAAUGAACUGAGCGAAGAUGGAACUGCAAAGAAAAAUGGAUACGAUCGAAAGGCAGCAUCACUUGAGGCAGAGCUGAAAGAUCUUCGUGAGCGCUACUUUCAAAUGAGCCUUAAGUAUGCUGAAGUCGAAGCUGAACGGGAACAGCUUGUGAUGAAGCUCAAAGCUGGCAAUACUCGAAGAAAAUGGUUUUCCUGAAUCAAAUAAAGCUUCGGGGUGAUUUUUAUUUUUUUAGCUCUAUCGUAUUCUUUUCACUCACUAAUUUUUUGUCCUCUAACAUGUACAUUGUUGAGAGGAGGCAUGAUAUUGUUCUCGACUGCAUAAAGCUUAUAUAGAUUGAGAAAGAAAUAAGUAAUGGAAAUUUUCUUCUUUAA